AACUUUCAAAUCGAUAACUAGCACCCCUAUCCUCCCUAAAAGAAUCAAACUCUGCCACACUAACUGUUAGCUUUGCUUCUUCCAUCACUAGAGUGAUUCUGGCAGAGUCAUUUCAUUCGGAGAACGGAGAGUCGUGCGAGCAAGAUGAACGAGAAAAUAGCCGAAAUAAAGAGGCGCUAUCAGGCGAAAGUGUGGACCCGCUUGCCCUUCAUGUACAGCUUCAACAGUCGCAUUCCCCAGAAGAAGCGCGACCCGAAGAAGGCGAUGCGGCGUCUGGAGGGGUCUCUGAACCGGCUGGACAUUAAGAGCCAGCCCAAGAAGCGUUCUGUGAAGCCCAAGACCGGCACCACCGCCGCCAAAAAAGCAAAAAUGGCAAAGUCCGGGGAGCAGAAGUCUGGAGGCUCCAAGCCAAUCCCCAAUCCGGAGCAGGGUCCAGGACCGAGUCGCAACAUGGAUGCUGGGGACAAUCCCGUCGCAAAUCCCGUUGUGGAUCCGAAUGCGACUGGAGCUUAGAGCAUAAUUUUCUAUGAAUACAGCUAUUUUCUUCGGAUCCGGAUCCAGAUUCCAGUCGACUGGACCACUGGACCACUGGACCGCAGGAGGUCAUAGCCGCUACACGACGGGAGGAGAGGGAAACGAGCAAUAACAAGGAGAAGCAAAAUGCGAAAGGAGAUGAGACGAAACGUGCCACAUGUAUGGUAAAUUAACACCCCCCGCCUCCGAUGCGGGGCAACACUGAAGAAAAUAACACAGGAAAGAUACAGGGAAAUAGUUUAAGGAUCGACACUACAGGAAAAUAAUUUAAGCUUUAUCGACAACACUUGCCUUUCCAACACUACCAGUUUAUCAGCAUUUUGCGAUUAAUCAACACUUGAACGAAUCAAUUUGCAACACUAAUUCUGAACCUGAGGCUGCAGGUUGAUCAACACUUAACAAUUAAAAUGAAUCUACUUACAACACUGAUUUUAAACUUUGUAACUUUUCAAUAAACUGAGAAUCCUUUCGAAGGAC